AUGGCGCGCACGGCCCCUGUGGAGCCUCCGCUGCGGCCGCCCGCGCCCCCCUCGCCAGCCGCCGGCGAGUCCCGCACCUCAGUCGAGGCAGCGGCGGCCCCGCGGAGAGUGCUGUUCGCCGACGAGGCCCUGGGGCUGCCGCUGGCGCAGCUGCGCUGCUACCGGCCGUGGGGUGGGCCAGGGGCGGGCAAGAUGGCGGCGGCGGCCGGGCCAGAUGGGAAUGGCGGCGGGGAGGAUGAGGACGACGAUGGCGAGGAUGGGGACGAAGGGGAGGAGGAGGAGGAGGCCGGCUCCGGGGCCUCGCCGCUACGCCCCUUGAGCGCGGGCGGGGGUUUUUACCUGGUGCCCACCUUUUCGCUGCCCCCGGCCCCGGGCCGUCUGGAGCGCUUGGGGCGCGUCAUGGUGGAGCUGGAGGCCUUGCUGCCGCCCCCCGGCGCGGUCCCCAGGGCUGCCGGGGUGUGGGUGCCGGGGGGGCGGCCGCCGGUGCUGCGCGGCUUGGUGCGCGUGCUGAACCGCUCCUUUGAGAAGGCGGUGCACGUGCGGGCCUCGCAUGACGGCUGGGCUUCGUUCCACGACCACCCGGCGCGCUACGUCCCGCACAGCCCACCGGGGGCAGGAGUGGGAGGACCUGGAGCGGGCGAUCCCGUGCUGGAUCAGGGGCUUGGCCUGCGCCCCGGCCAGGCGGCCGCCUCCUCACCUGACGACGGCGGCCGCACGGACCGCUUUGCCUUCCAGCUGCCCUUUGCUGAGGGUGCGGGCGAUGGGGCGCGCCUGGACUUCGUGGUGCGCUAUGAGACCCCCGAGGGUACGUUCUGGGCCAACAACUGUGGCCGCAACUACACAGUCCUGCUUCGGAUCGCACCUGCUCCCACACCCACUGAUGCCGAAGGGCUGCCCCAGCAGCAGCAGCUGCCGCAGCUGGAGCCACAGCCUUUGUGCCAGGGUCCAGUGGAGGCUGAGGCCAGGCAGCUGAAGAGCUGCAUGAAGCCUGUGAGGCGCAGAUCUCAAGAGGAAGAGCUGAGGAUGAAGAGCUCGAAUGAUAAUACCCCUGCUGUGGCUGUGUGUUCUGUUAUCCAGGAGUCAGUGGGUCCCUUGGUGGCCCCCACCCCUCUCCGUCCAUGGCCACAGAUGACACUUCAGGUGUCUGAAGUAGUGCCGGUUACUAGCAACCCACAAGAGGAAGAUGACAUCCCCAGAAGCAGUCCUCCUGUGACUUUCACAGAGGUCCUCCAGACACCAGCCAUCCGGAUUCUCCCUUCUUCCUCCUCUUCCUCUUCCUCCUCCUCCUCCUCCUCCUCUUCCUCCUUUAUCUGUGGCCUGGGUGGUUCCCCCAGGGACCAGGCUUCUGGGCCAGAUGCAAGUGAGGGGGCAGCCGGGCCUCUCCUGGAAUCCUGCCAACAACAGGUGGCAGCCACGUGGGAAGUCUUCAGUGAGAAUACAGUGGGACCGAAGUAUGGCCCAGCCGGGAUCAUUCUGGAGGAGCCCCCUGCAGGUCUGGCAGUCAUGAGUGGACUGGAGGAGCUGCUUGGGGAGGACACCAUUGACCAGGAGCUGGAGCAGCUCUACUUGUCCCACCUGAGCCGCCUGCGGGCUGCUGUGGCAGGAGGUGGUGGGGAGGGCUUAAGUGAUGGGGGGUUGUCCCCCAGCCAUCCCUUGGGCAUCCUCACAGACCGCGACCUGAUCUUAAAGUGGCCUGGCCCUGAGCGGGCCCUGAACAGUGCUCUGGCUGAGGAGAUCACCCUGCAUUAUGCCAGGCUGGGGCGCGGUGUGGAGCUCAUCAAGGACACGGAAGAUCCUGAUGAUGAGGGGGAGGGAGAAGAGGGACUUUUCCUGAUACCUUCUAGCCCUGAAGGAGACACUCCCAAGGAAUCACCUCCAGAAAUUCUCUCUGGGGCUCAUCCUAUGGUAGCUACUAUGGGAGAUGUUUGGCUCCCGUGGGCUGAGAGUGCAAGAUGCAAUAGCCCUGUGGUUUUGGGUACAGAGGUUCAUUUCACUGAGACACAACAAAAGGGGUCGGGCAAGGACACUGAUUCCUUGAAUAUGACUGGGAUGAUAGUUGGGGUGACCAACUUCCCAGGGGAGGCUGGUACUGAAGAUCAUAGGGGAUUUGCAACUGAGAGAGCAGGCAUCAUAGUUCCGGAACCUGGCAAGGAGUCAAUCACUUCAGUCCCAUGGGGCCAAAACCUUCCCCUCCUUGGUCCUCUGGGGCUGGAAGUCUGUCCUUCAAGACUGGUCAGGCCCCAUGGGAGCUCCCAGGAUCAAGAGGCUUCUGGCCCAAUCCUGGAACCCUCCAAGAGUCAUACCCCAGCAGCCUCUGCUGAAUCUAUGUGUAUUGUACCAGCACAGCUUCGAGGGCCCUUGACCCAGACUCUGGGGGUCCUGGCUGGGCUGGUGGUGGUCCCUGUAGCUCUGAACAGUGGUAUGUCUCUCCUGGUGCUUGCACUGUGCCUCUUCCUGGCCUGGUUCUCAUAGGGGCUGCUUGUGGGAUCAAGCAAUAAUAGGCUUCCCCCUCUCUGGGACCUGGGGAGGGAACAGCCUUUGUAACACCCCCCAGAGUGAUCAGAUAUGUGUUGUGGCCUGUACAGUGGGAUCAGCAUAUUUUGUUCCCAGAAUGCUCAGCUGGAGAGGAGGCUGCCUGUCCCUGAGCUCUCCAGUCAGUACAGGGCUCCCUAUGCCAUCAUUGUUGGAGAGAAACAGGGUACAGGUGGAUGGUGUAAGUGAGAAGAACUUCCAGAAUGGAACUGGGCAUGCCCUCCCUUCCAGCCCCCCUCCCGAGCCUGUAUUUAUUUUUGUAUAAUUCUCUGGAUGAGGGAGAGUGGUCAUGAGCUGGUCUUGGGGCACAAUUACCCAGAGAUAUAUUUCUUAACAGCUAACCUGUGCAAUCUACUGGAGCUUUAUUUUUAAUUUAAUUUAUAUAGAGUACCUAUUAUUAUAUGCCACAAUAGAGCUCUAUGAGAAAUGAUAUGUCUUGUGCAGUGUUCUCCUGUGUGGGCCCACGUGUGCAGGAUGGUCAUGUGCUGUGGGAGGUCCAUGGUAGGGGGUGGGAUGUGGCCAUUCUGCUGUUGCUGCUUCACUAUGUCCUUGAGGCUCUGUUACCUCACUUUAAUGGUCCUAAGCCAUUUGGUCUGUGAUCCUUUAUGGAGGGUAUUGUGUGUGUGGAGAGGUUUUUUGAUCUUUUCCAUAUUCUUCCAGGGAAUGUGGAAGAGUGGUAACCACUCGAGGGUUUGGUGUUACACAUGUGGCAGUAGUGGUAGAUAUGGUCAGUUGUGGAUGUGGGGCUGUUGAUGGCAUAUCAGCCAUAAAGUUUCGAGGUUACUGAAAAAAAACAAAACCAAAACUCAGCCUUGUUAUCAACAGGGAUGAUCCCUUUCCCCCUAUGAAAGAAAAGACCUCAUAAAGACAGGAGGCACAGGUGCUCCCUGAACCCAUGUGUCAGUGCUGUGCACAUGGUGCCUGAGCACAUGUCCCUCACAUCUCCCCUCUUGAGAUGUGUACUUUCAUGCUUUUGUACUUUCACACUGAGAUGUGUACUGGAGCUCUCUCCCUUUGAAGAAGCACGUGUUUUUCCUUGAGAGUGUUACUCUCCCUUUCUUAUCAUCUCCCUCCCUUUCCUUAGUACCUUCAAAUAAAGCCUGUUUUUACUUAAAAAAAGAAA